UCGUCGGAGUGUGAUAGAUUAAUAACAGCGUUUAACUAUUGUACGAAUAAAACCGGAUAUACGCUGUUUAAAAUUUUUAGCGUUUAUCAAUUAACAAAAUUCAUCAUGUCGUCUUGGGUACCAAUGGAAUCGAAUCCAGAAGUUAUGACAAAGCUUUUACAUAAAUUAGGUGUACCAAGAGAUUGGUGUGUUGUUGAUGUUUAUGGAUUAGAACCAGACCUACUGGCACUUGUACCUAAACCAGUUCUUGCUGUUAUUUUACUAUAUCCUUUAUCUAAAAAGGGUGAUAAUAGUUUAGAGGAUGAAGAAGAAGGUGAUAAAGAAAAAGAUACAAGUACUUCUAAAGAUCCAGCAGUUUUUCAUAUGAAACAAUACAUUCAUAAUGCCUGUGGUACAAUUGCAUUAAUUCAUAGUGUUGCAAAUAAUCAGCAUAUUAUAAAACUUCAGGAUGGUUUCUUGAAAGCCUUUUUAGAUGACUCAAAAGAUCUUUCUUUUACGGAAUGUGGAAAACUUUUAAUGGAGUCAGAUGGUAUUAGUACCACUCACAAAGAUGUGGCACAAGAGGGUCAAACAGAGGUACCCAGUGAAGAAGUUCCAGUAUAUCACCACUUUGUAGCCCUUAUAGAAAAAAAUGGAGUUUUAUAUGAAUUAGAUGGACGUAAGUCUGCUCCUGUUAAUCAUGGUUCAACAAGUUCAGAAACAUUAUUAGAAGAUGCAGCGCGUGUUUGUAAAGAAUAUAUGGCUCGUGACCCAGAAGAAGUGUGUUUUACAGUUCUUGCUCUCACUAACAGUGAUGCAACAACGUUGUAACUUAAUACAUAAGGUGUAGCAUAUACAUUUUAAGAUAACUGUCCAAAGAAUUUAUUUUGUACAUUAUACAUGUACAUCUGCGUUUUGUAUUGCAUUUAUUAAUAUUUACUACAUUGCUAUAUUGUAAAAUGGAUAUUCGUAAAAUAAGUAUGUAUUAAAUUUUGAAGA